AUGGCCAAGCUCUUGCCGCUGACGCUGGCAAUAGCGUGCAAUGCAGAAUUAAUCCUCGAUGGCGGCGACAACGGCUGGUCGCAAUGGUACCGCUCCGUCGACGGCGUCAUGGGCGGCCGCUCGUCGAUAAGCGUGCAAAGAGACGGCAACGUCCUGGAGGCAUCGGGCGAGAUUGUCACCGCGGGCGGCGGCUUCGCCGGCAUGUACACUCGCCUCGACGACGUCGACGCGUCGAAUUUCGCGGGCCUCCGCGUUACGUACGAGGCGCUGCCCGCCGGCCAGACGCCGCUCGCGUGGGAGGUUCGGCUCAAGGGGCGCGGCGACUCGAGUCGCUACAUCGACUUUGGGGCGAGUUUUGCCGUGCCACCUUCAUCGAACAACAACGGCGUCGGCUCGGCGUCGCUGCCGUUCGAGGAGUUCCUGCCGCGCUGGCGCGGCAAUGACCGCACCGGGACGCUUGAUCUGACUGCCCUCAACGAAGUGGGCUUCCAACUUUUGUUCCAGGACGGCCCCUUUACUCUGCGCCUCCGGGAGAUAUCGCUGGUGGAUAGCAUCGCGCCCCCCGCUGAUCCGGCGCCGGGGAUGGACGCUACGCCGUCUGCCGUCCGCGACGCCAUCGACGCCGCGACGCGCCGCGCGGACUACCUCGUGGGCAAGGGCUACGCCGCCCAAGCCGCAGCCGUCCUCGCAUCCACUGCGCGCGCCGUCGCUACGACCCUCGACGGCGUUCCUGGUACUGCUCGUGCCCAAGAGGCCCUCGGCGCCGCUCUGGCCGAAGCCUCCGCCAUCGUGGCGACCAGCGAGGAAGGACGCAUAGGGGCUUUACGUGUCGGUCUCGAUAUCGCCCAGACCGAGGCCGCCGGGUCGGCGUGGACGAAGUCAUACGCCGAGGUCGGCCGCGUGUGCCGCCCGAAGAACGACGAUGGCUACGUGACGACUAAGGUUGAGGACGCGGCCGCCUGUCAGGCGCUGUGCGACGCCGACACGACGUGCGGGGCCUGGGAGUACGAGAACUAUGCGGCGGACGACCGCGAGUGUGAGCUCCACGAAGCUAGUGUUGUCGAUGCAAAGGCGACCGCGGCGCAAGGGCCGUGCCAGACGUCGGAUCCCGAGAACUACCGGUGCUGUCAUAUCGAUGAAGCGUUGAUUGAGACGCCCGCGGACGACCCAGACACGGAAUCUGAGGAGGACGCGACCCAGUACGUCCCCCCUGCCAAGCCGGCCCCCGCGGACGACGCGACCGCCGGUGACCACGGCGGAUCGAAAAAGAAGCAGAGCAAAGGCAGUGAAUGGCCCGUUGUCGUUGGCGUCGUGCUGGCGCUCACGUUCCUGAUGAUCCUCGGCAUCGGGUGCUCGCUCUGGGCGCGCGGCGCCCGCGUGGACCCCUCGGACUCCAAGGCCGCGGCGGCGGCGCCCGGCGAGGAAACGGAGGAGCCGCUCCAAGUCGUCUGA